AUGCGUAUAACGGGCCACCCAUUUGACUGGCAAGCACCCGUGUACAAGGUCAAUACUUACGCCACCUCACUGCUGGACCCGACAUGCGAUUUCUACCAGCCUUCACCAGAUCUGCAAGCCCCAGGGCUAUUGCCUCAUCGAACCAAGACUUUGAGUCUCAUCUUCGUUACAGCUCUGCGCAUUCUAUACACCAAGCGCAGUAACGACCCCGUCUUCCCCGCCGACAAAGCUUUCCAGUACCCUGGAGACAAAGGGUAUUACUACUACAACUCACAGCCAAAAGCACGAGCAUUUGCCUGCAUAGACGAGACCAUCUUCUGUGCACCAUCGGGAUCUCCAUGCUGGCAUGCCAACGACCCGAUACCAGCUGGCAGUCUCAAUACAUCGUCCUACUGGUUCUUGAAGUACGCGUUGAAAAGCUCGAACACCUACGACGCCAUAAAACUUCGUCUCGGUAGCGGUCUGCUAGCACAACAGCGCGUCGGCCAGUCUCGAUCCAUACCACUGGCUGACAAUCACUGGCAAUUGGAAGCCGAGCAUCUAUUCAAAACAUCGCUCGCAAGAGCUCAAUUCGACGCCUGGAGCAUCGCAAGCGCGGAAGACCAUGACAACCCAACGUAUACCGAUACACUCCCUGAUGAGGCAAGGGGGAAUAUGUGCGGUCUCUUCAAAUUCCAAGCAUCUGGCUACGUCAAUAUCCGCAUACUGCCAUUUGUAUGGCUAAUGUUAGCAUGGCCGCUCAUGUUGCUCUUGAGCAUCGAGAUAAAGACAUAUGCGCAGGCAUGGUAUACGAUCAAGUCUUGGAUUAUCAGUAAGAAGAAAUCAGAGAUCAACCCUAUCACAGCGGCCAUGUACGGCAAACAGCGAGUCGCCGCUCAUCGCCACAUCUUCAAGAGCUACAUCGUCAAAUGCAAACCAAAACUACGGAACAACUUCCAGCGCUCGAAGCAGUACACAUUCUGCGCACAACUCAGGCCAGUCUGA